AUGUGGAAGCGGUACAAGCUGCAGCUCAAGAAGGAGUACUUGAGCGCCUUCGCCGAGUUCCGGCACGACUACCCCGGAAGGCAGGAGUUCCGCUUCAACGACCGGCGCAUCAUUUCGCACAUCUAUCAGACGCAUACGGAGGACAACCUGGACGGCAGCGGCAUUUUCAAAACUGUCGACAAGAUCGACUUGAUUCACCACAUCAUCCAAUCAAAAGACAAGGACUGUGCAGGCAUCAACGUGCCUCGGCUUCUCCACCAGGGCGAGCUCAAGGCCUAUUUUCCCAUCCACGAAGCCUCGGGCAUAGAGAAGAUCAAGGAGUUCCAGUGGAAGUGGUUCUGGCCUGACGAAGAGCACGCCAACCGCUUGCGCGACUACUUUGGUGACAAGGCGCGCCCAGCGCUCCCAUCGCGCCACUCUGCGGGGUGA